AUGUGCCAACCGAUCAGGUACUUUACUUAUAGAAUAGACUCAAAGGACAUUCUUCGCUGCAGAUUUUUGACAAGUGGGAUAACUGAAACACAAUUCGCAGUAGAUGGAAUCAAUUUCCACAUAUUUGACGUUGGCGGGCAACAGAGUGAAAGGAAAAGAUGGAUUCAAUGCUUUAGUGACGUAACAUCUAUCAUAUUCGUCUCUGCCUGCAGCGACUAUUGCAGAUACACAGAAGAUUCAACAAAAAACCGACUGGUAGAGUCGGUGGAGUUAUUUGAAAAUAUAUGGAAUAUCGGUUGUGCACAGACUUGAGUAGAUAAUAGAUGGCUUGUGAAUGUUUCUUUUAUUUUAUUUCUCAAUAAGCAAGAUUUGUUUGAAGAAAGAAUACAAUCGGGUUUUUAUCCACUCGGAUCUUAUUUUCCAGAAUACAACGAUUAUACUAAAAUUGAGAAAGCAAGACAUUUCAUUAGAGAUAUGUUUAUGGGAAACAGAUACUGCUAUCCUCACUAUACGUGCACAAUUGACACCAAUAAGACAAAACAAGUAUUUCAAGACUGCAGGGAAAUUAUUCGCAACAUUAACAUUAGACUAUAUGAUCUUAUUUAG